CCAAGCUUGAUUCAACGACCCUGUUUUUCUUUUUGGCUAUCCCGGUGGGAAGAGUCGGGAGCCCUAGCGUCGGACCGCAGAAUUGAGAAAUUGAAGCAAAAAUGCAGGUCUCUGGUGCUAUCAGCGACGUAUUGGUGGCACUCCCACCUUCGGGAGGUAUCCGGCUGCCUGAAUUUCGAAACCUGCAUGCCUUUUCCGACGCCAAAAGUUUCCUUUCGGCGGGACUCUUCACAACCUGUCCUUCAAUUGGCACCUCCAAGCUUUAUAAACUAUACAACUGCCGGUCUAGAGGCUUAGUCCUGAAAGCAUCAGCUAAUUCAAAUGAUAAUUCAGUGCCUGUUGCUCCCCUUCAAUUAGAGUCACCAGUUGGUCAGCUUUUGGCACAGAUUUUGCAAACUCAUCCUCAUCUAUUGCCAGCAGCCAUCGAUCAGCAACUUGAGAACCUUCAAACUGAUGAAGAUGCCCAGAAGGAAGAAUCUCCAGCUCAAGAUAUUCUUUACAAGAGGAUAGCUGAACUAAGGGAGAAAGAGAAGCGUGCAACAUUGGAAGAGAUACUAUACUGCUCCAUUGUUCAGAGAUUUGUUGAAAAUGGCAUUUCAAUGAUCCCAAAAGUAUCGUCAGCCUCCGAUCCUACUGGCCGAGUGGAUUUCUGGCCAAACCAAGAGCAGAAACUAGAAGCUGUUCAUUCCCCAGAGGCAUUUGAGAUGAUACAAAGCCACCUAUCUCUUGUCCUAGGCGAACGAGUUGUGGUGGGUCCUCUUGAGACAGCUGUUCAGAUUAGUAAAAUAAAACUUGGCAAGUUGUAUGCUGCUUCAAUAAUGUAUGGUUACUUCCUUAAACGAGUUGAUGAACGGUUUCAACUUGAGAGGACAAUGAAAACCCUUCCUGAGGAUUUUGGUAAAGCAGAUGAUGUGAGCUUUGAAGAACCAUCACCGGCAAACAGGCUCUGGGAUCCCGAUUCAUUGAUCAGAAUCCCUGCUUAUGAAGACAACGAUAGCAUUGUGGAGGGAGAAUAUUACAUAGAACCUGGUGAAGCCAAAUCAUACAGACUCAGAUCUUAUGUAAUGUACUUGGAUGGAGAGACCCUGCAGAGAUAUGCAACCAUACGUUCUAAGGAAGCCAUAUCCUUGGUUGAAAAGCAGACUCAGGCCCUUUUUGGGAGGCCAGACAUCAGAAUCGCUGAGGAUGGUUCUAUCGAGACCCCUACAGAUGAAACGCUUUCCGUCACUCUCUCUGGUCUGACCAUGCUAGUUUUGGAGGCCGUGGCCUUUGGAUCAUUCCUAUGGGAUGCAGAAAACUACGUUGAAUCCAAAUUUCAUUUUGUCAAUAACUAGAAUACUAUCUUUGUAGAUCUUUCGACUGCAUGUUGUAGCUUGUAAAGCACGUUAAUGUAAAUGUAACAUGGAGCAUGUCUACUUUGUGAUAACCCUGAA